AUGAGCAACGCCACUCAUAAGGACAUCACUACACAGGAAGUCCAAACGCUACUCAUAGAGGGUGCUAAGUAUUCAGCAAGUGAUGAUGCAGAAAAAGCUGCCAAAUGUUAUGCACGUAUCCUUGAUUUAGAAUCGCAAAAUGCUGAAAUUUACCUUUUAUUAGCAAGAUGCCUUUACAGGUUAGGAUUAAAGAGAAAUGAUGUGUUUGGUGGUGCUGACGAUGGAGAAGACAGUGAAAACGAUGAGGAUGAGGAUGAGAGUGAUGCGGAUGACGAGGAUGGCGAGGAAAAUGGUGAUGAUGGCGAGAAGAAACAAAAACUAAAUUCCAAACUCUAUCAGUUUGAUCAUGAAGAGGAGGAUAUUGAUGAAUCCACUUUGCAAAAUUUUGAAGAUGCAACUAAUGCAAGUGCAUACGUAGAUGCAAGGGGAGAAUCGAUUUUACAAGGUGGAAAUGGCCAGGAUGAAUCGAAGCAACAGGACGAAGAUGAGGAAGAAGAACAAGAAGCUGACAUGUCCAUAGGAGACACUUUUGAAGAUUUCCUCCAGGGAAAUUUGUUUGAAAACGGAUUAGAGUUGCUGUACAGAGCAAGAAUAAUGUAUAUGGAACCACACGGUGAAGAUAAAGAAGAUUCUGAAGCUCUAUCAAAGGAUACCCAGUUAAAGUUAGCACAGCUGUACGAUCUAUUAGGUGAUAUUGAUCAGGAAUUGGAGGAUUUCACACAAGCUGUAAGAGACUAUGAAGGAUCAUUAAAGUUUUACGAUAAAUCCUUAGCCCCAGAAGAACGAGAAAUACUAGUGGACGUCUACCUGAAAUUGACCGACGCAUUAAGAUGGUCAGAUUUUGAUGAUAAGGAUUCGCUAAAUAAGGAACAACGUCAAAGACAUUUACAAGAAUUGGAGAAAUUAAUUCGUUCACGUAUCGAUGAAAACAGAUCAAAGGAUGUGGAAGCCGAUCAAAGUCAUUUAGAAAGGUUAAAAGAGGAUCAAGAAUCUCUAAAGCUUGAUAAGCCAAAGGCCGGUAAGUCUUUGGUCCCCGAAUUAAUGGCACAAGCAAUUUUAAGGCAAGCAUUAGGCGGAUCACAAGGUAAAGUUAACGAUUUAUCCAAAAUGGUUAAGAAGAAGAAAACAAAGUCCAGUAAGGGUAGCAGACGUAAGUAA